AUGACUUCCAAUAGCACCAGCGACUCUGUUGCCGGUAGCCCAGGACCCAGCGUCCGUGUUGAGGAAACAGAGUACGAGACCAUGCGCAACUCCAAGGAGCGUUUCUCAUCGCUCUCCAGCUCUGAAAUGAAAGAAAUGGAGCGUCUGCGCCGCGAACUCGAAGACUCUCGCCAGCGCAUCGACCGCGAUACUGAGGUGAUCAACAACCUUCAUGAAAAGGUCACCGAGUUGGAAGAGCUCGUGAAGAAGCAGAAGAUUACCAUCAGUACCCAGAGUAGAACGAUCUCUGAUCGUAGGGUUCUCCGGAAGAACCAGCAACAACAUCAACAGCAGCAGCACCAGUCGCCCAUGGGGGUGUUUCCAAUGACACCUACUCAUCAUUCUCAUGUGAAGCAGUAUCAGUUUCCUAAUUCUGGUGCUUCAGCCGUCUCGUGUGCGGGUAAUGUUGGCGGCGCUCCUGGUGGUGGUGUAUACUUGGCACAUCAGUCUCCCUCGCCGUUCGACAUACAGACUCCCCAGUCUGUGCACUCGGUCAGGCCAGCCUCUCAAGGCAGCACUGUCUUCGAUCAGCCUCCCCCAAAGUUUGAGAUUUCAUCAGGGCUGUCGGCGCCUGCUCCCACCUCUUUCGUUCCGCCGGCACUGGCUCAAAGUGUGCUCAACCCUAUGGCUAUUGCCCUCUCUAACAGCUCUGAUCCGGGAACUUCAUUCUGCCCACAUCCGGUAGAUACCUAUCGUAAGGAGCUAGCGGAUUUUUCAACUAGGUUCUCAGGGUUGAUGCGGUCGGUGGAGAUCUUCGGCCAGGCGCAUGCGAGCCUGCCCAACAUCUUCAUGGAUAGCCACUUGGAUGACCGCGUGAAGGAUUACCUUAUGGCCAUUUCGAGUCGCUCACAGGCCUCUGCUCUCAUUGGAAAUGCGGCGACUCGAGGGUUCUUCGUUGCAAAGGCGAUCAGUUAUUAUUUGGUUCAUAACGUCCUGACCACCUCGGCGAUAAAGGGCUUCGAUAUCUCUGUUGAUCUUGAGAUUGAUCAAAUUGAGGAGCAGAUGACAGCCCACUCCUCCGCCAGCAUGCGCCAUCUCAUGCUCACAGCGAUAACCACCCACCUCACAACCCUCUCAAAGAGACCCAACUUCGCCGAACUCUCCCAGCUCAAAAUCAAGAACCACAUGCACAGGCUAUGGAAGUUCAUAGGUCCACUCAGCCACGACCCCUCAAACCAAACUGGUCAGGUAUACGCAGAUCUCACCCAUAUCAUAACAGACGCACAAUCCCUAGCUAUCGACAUGUACUCCGUCCCUCUCGAGUACCGAUUCGACUAUCCCGAGCCGGGUGAGCCAUUCGAUUCUCUGACUAUGAUCAAUCGCGACCCGUAUCUCCACGGGGACCCGCUUACCCUGAAAAACGGUGAUACUCACGUCCGGUUGGGGAUUUCGCCUACCGUGCGGAUCCGAAAUAAUGCUCAGUCGCCCGGUGUGGUGAAUCUGAUGUAUUUGGGACAUGUCUUGCUGAAGAUGCCCAAGAAGCAGAAUUCUUGA